AUGUUCGCUGCUCGCCAGUCUUUCAACCUCCUCCAGAAGCGCGCCUUCUCCGCCUCUGCCAGCCAGGCUUCCAAGGUUGCCGUUCUUGGUGCCGCUGGUGGCAUUGGCCAGCCUCUCUCCCUUCUCCUCAAGCUCAACCCCCGUGUUUCUGAGCUUGCCCUCUACGAUAUCCGCGGUGGCCCUGGUGUUGCCGCUGACCUGAGCCACAUCAACACCAACAGCACCGUCUCUGGCUACGAGGCUACCCCCUCUGGCCUCCGUGAUGCUCUCAAGGGCUCCGAGAUCGUCCUCAUCCCUGCCGGUGUUCCUCGCAAGCCCGGCAUGACCCGUGACGACCUGUUCAACACCAACGCCUCCAUUGUCCGCGACCUUGCUAAGGCCGCCGCCGAGGCUUCCCCCGAGGCCAACAUCCUCGUCAUCUCCAACCCUGUCAACUCCACCGUCCCCAUCGUCUCUGAGGUCUUCAAGUCCAAGGGUGUCUACAACCCCAAGCGUCUCUUCGGUGUCACUACCCUUGACGUUGUCCGUGCCUCUCGCUUCAUCUCCCAGGUCCAGAAGACCGACCCCUCCAACGAGGCCGUCACUGUCGUCGGUGGUCACUCCGGUGUGACCAUUGUCCCUCUUCUCUCCCAGUCCAGCCACCCCAGCAUUGAGGGUAAGACCCGCGAUGAGCUCGUCAACCGCAUCCAGUUCGGUGGUGAUGAGGUUGUCAAGGCCAAGGAUGGUGCUGGCUCUGCCACCCUCUCCAUGGCCAUGGCUGGUGCUCGCAUGGCUGAGUCCCUCCUGAAGGCCGCCCAGGGUGAGAAGGGUGUCGUUGAGCCCACUUUCGUCGACAGCCCUCUCUACAAGGACCAGGGUGUUGACUUCUUCGCCUCCAAGGUCGAGCUCGGCCCCAACGGUGUUGAGAAGAUCCUCCCCGUUGGCCAGGUCAACGCCUACGAGGAGAAGCUCCUCGAGGCCUGCCUUGGUGACCUCAAGAAGAACAUCCAGAAGGGUAUUGACUUCGUCAAGGCCAACCCUUAA